AUGGUGAAGCUAGAGCGAUCCUUACUAGACAGAUAUGUGAAUGGAGCUUUCUUGAACAAGCGUCAAAUUGGCAGACCUAUUAAGUACAACAUGAGAUCAAAGGGACGUCAAGGAUGGUUGGAGUUGGUGUUUACCCCACGCAAUCAAUUCGAACAAUUGGUCUCAAGAGCCAUCAGAUUCACCCACCCAUACUUAGCUUUUGUCACCUAUCGUUUCCACGUUGAGAAAGCCAGAGAAAUAGGUAUUAGAAUUGAAGACUUCUAUAUGAAUAAGUUCCACAAGGAGCCAUACAUUCAAUUCCACAUCUACGCUUAAUAUUUCCACCCUGACUCCCUUCUUGAAAGAGUUAGAGAUGUUAACUUCUACAGAAGACCAAGAACUCUCUUCAAGGGAUUCAAGGUACCCGAUUGGGCCACCGCUGAGAAGAGACACGGUUGGGAACUCGAUGCCUACUCAAGACAAGCUUGGGAAAAUGCUCUUCAUGAUUUGAACUCUGAGUGGACUCCUUAACAAUUCACAGGAGAGAGACAAGAGCCAAACGUUAUUGAAUGGUUCAGAUUUGAGCAAUGGGGUAAAGGUUUAUCAGCUAGACUUUUCUACAACGAAGUCCCCAAGCCAACCUGGUUCAGAUACGGUGGUCAUAUGGAUAACCUUGAGAAGGAUGUCUACUCAUUCACCCAUGCUGAUCAAGAGCACAAGUUCGUAUUCGGUAUUGACUCAACAACCCCAGAGGGAAAGGCUCUCUUCAAGAAGGAAUGGGAGACUCUUUCACAAAUGGCUCCAGAGCUCAUUAGAAAGGAAGACAUCGUCUACCCACACGAGCAACAAGCUCAAAUCUCAAGUGAGCCCCACUUCAGAAGAGUCUGGCAAUUCUACAGAGAACACAUGUUCAAGGUCAGACUUGCUUACCUCGUAGAAGAAGGUCAAGUUUCUCAAGAAGACUUCAACCACUUCCAGAGAUUCACCAGCCUCAACAAGACUCCAACCUUCAACCUAUAUCUAUUCGGAAGACUCGGUCAACUCCCACACCUCGCUAACGAUGCUGACUUCCAAGGCACCUGCAGAGUUAUGGAAAAGCUCGGCUUAGACAAGAUUGAAAUCGAUAGAAAGUCAGCUUAACCAUACGAGUAACAAUUCUGGGACCAAUAUGACGUUGUUCAAGAACUCAACGAGGAGGAAAUGAGAAGAGAACUCCCAGCUUUCGUAACUGAUCCAUCCAACCAAGCUAAGGUCGAAGCCCUUAUUGCUGGAAGAAGACAAUAACUCGGCCAAGAGGAGACCCACAAGCUUGCCAGCGCUUGA